CUACGCGUGAUAGGGUGUUUAAAAGGUUGAUUGAUCACGUCGGUUUAUGAGGAAGCUCCGCUUGGUGAGGGGAUGAACCAGUUGUCCGGAACCCGAACCCGAUCAUCGUGCAUGGAUCGUCCUGAGAUGAUGAGCCUGAGCACCUCUUCGAAUGUCUAGCAGAUCUGCGAGUGCCGGCCAUUGCUUCUACUCUCCAAGCUGUACUGCGACCAUAGCAUUCGGUAUUGCAUAUCGGAGACAGCCCUUUCCAUCCACCGGAAAGUCAAAAUUCCAUUCCAAAUGCCUGUCAAUCGGGUUUUGUUGCCACCGCACAUUCUCAUACUUCACUGUAAGCCCCACUGCGAGCACCAUGGUGGACAGUACCAACAAGGGGAAGAGGAAGGUCUCGCCUUUGCCAAAGCUUAACGGUCGUCUGCUCUGCCUAGGUAUCGAAGGUUCAGCCAACAAAUUCGGCUGUGGAGUCAUCGCGCAUUCGCCAGCGCCAUCUGCUGAACCCGAGGCAGGCGAAGGGAGCAGCUCGACAUCUGCUCACGCACGUCACAAGAAUCCAGCAACGAUCGUCACUGUGCUCUCAAAUGUACGACAUACUUACAUCACUCCGCCGGGUGAAGGGUUCUUACCCUCUGAUACGGCACGACAUCAUCGGGAAUGGGCCAUCAAGGUCAUAAGUGAGGCUGUACGCAAGGCUGGUAUCAGGAUCUCAGAUCUGGAUUGCAUAGCGUAUACGAAGGGCCCUGGGAUGGGUACACCAUUACAGGUCGGAUCCCUUGUCGCUAGAACUUUGUCGUUGCUGCAUGGGAUACCGCUCAUUGGAGUCAACCACUGUGUUGGACACAUUGAAAUGGGCCGACAGAUCACAUCUUCACACAAUCCCGUCGUCCUUUACGUCUCUGGCGGGAACACCCAAGUCAUAGCCUACUCUCAACAACGGUACAGGAUCUUUGGCGAGACACUAGAUAUAGCCAUCGGUAAUUGUCUGGACAGAUUUGCGAGGAUCAUACGGCUCAGGAAUGACCCGAGUCCAGGUUACAAUAUAGAAUUGGAGGCGAGAAAAGGUCGUCGUUUCAUUCCACUGCCAUUCGGAACCAAGGGCAUGGAUGUGACGCUCGCUGGACUCCUGACGGCUAUCGAACAAUUGACCAAGGAUAAACGUUACCGAUCGUGGGAUAGUCGAGCAUCACGGGCUCAAGGCCGAGGCAGUGCCUUACCACCGGGAGAAGCAUUAGUUGUGGAAGAAGAUCAGGAUAACCAUAUUGCCAAUGGGCAAGAAGUAGCCACGGAAGAAGACGUCAUUACACCUCAGGACCUCUGCUUCUCUCUCCAGGAAACUACCUUCGCAAUGCUCGUUGAGAUUACCGAGCGAGCGAUGGCGCAUGUGGGCGCGAAGGAUGUCUUGAUAGUCGGAGGUGUGGGCAGCAAUAUGAGACUACAAGAAAUGAUGGGCAUAAUGGCUUCUGAGCGGAAUGGCAGGGUAUUCGCAACGGACGAAAGCUUUUGCAUCGAUAAUGGAAUCAUGAUCGCUCAAGCUGGCCUUCUUGCUUUCCGAAUGGGGCAGACUACCCCAAUAGAAAAAGCCACGAUCACACAACGCUUUCGUACAGACCAAGUGCACGUCAGCUGGCGAGCGUAGACGGGCUCUCACACCUCAUCGGCGAGAUUAUGCAUGAGAAAGAGGAUACAAA